AACUAUAGAAACUGAAUCCUGUAAUGCCCAAGCUUGCCCUGUUGAUGGAGGUUGGAGUGAAUGGGUUGUUGGAGAUUGCCCUGUAACAUGUGGUGGAGGUACUAGAACAAACACUCGUCAAUGCAACAACCCUCCACCAAUCAAUGGGGGAAAACAGUGUGAUGGCUUGAAUAGAGAAUCUGAAAUCUGUAAUACACAACUUUGCCCUGUUGAUGGACGUUGGAGUGAAUGGAAUGUUGGAGAUUGCUCUGUGUCAUGUGGCGGAGGUAGUAGAACAAACACUCGUCAAUGCAACAACCCUCCACCAAGCAACGGGGGAAAACAAUGUGACGGCUCAACUACAGAAACUGAAUCCUGUAAUGCCCAAGCUUGCCCUGUUAAUGGUGGCUUCUCAGAUUAUGUAUGUGGAGAUUGUUCAGUGACAUGUGGAGAUGAUGGCGUAGAGACUUGUACACGCUCAUGCACCAACCCUAGCCCAUUAAAUGGUGGUCUGCAGUGUGUUGGAGAGACAACAAAGACGCAGCCUUGCACUGACUCACCACGCUGUAGAUUGCGUCCUACCGGUGGAACUUUAGAUGAGGGAGGUUUUGGUGUUGCCGGGAUUACAACUGUGCAAGCGGUUGCUACUACUACAACAGAGUCUACUACUCUCCCAACAGAAGCUACUGCUCCCCCAACAGAGGCUACUCCUACCCAGACAGUGGCUACAACAGAGGCACCAGUAGUUAUAACAUUACCUGUUUUUAAUGAGACAGCUCUUCCACCAUUUUCUAACUGUCAGUGCCCAGAAGGCUGGCUUAGUCAUGGCUGUACAGAAGAUGAUCCCACAAGAGGAUGUGCAAAAUGGUAUUUCGAUCAAGUGACGUGGGAGACAGCUGAGGCACAGUGUGUUGAAGAUGGGGGGCAUCUAUUGUGGAACACUGAGGAUGAGGCUGAAUGUUUGGAGGACUUCUUAGAGGCUUGUAUAGAUGAAGAAGAUUUGAAAGGAGCUGAUUGGUGGACAUGUGGAACAACGCCAUCUGGUGAAGAGAUUGAUACAAUCUGGUCAUGUGAUGGAGGUGUAAAACGUAGCAAAAGACAUAGUCAUUCUGGCCAGAGGACAGAAUAUAGUGGUCAUUCUGGCCAAAAGACAAAGUAUGGCGGCUAUUCCGGCCAGAGGACAAGAUACAGCGGCCAUUCUGGCCAAAAGACAAAGUAUGGCAGCUAUUCCGGCCAGAGGACAGGAUACGGUGGUCAUUCUGGCCAGACAACAAGAUACAACAGCCAUUCUGACCAGAAAACAAAAUACAGUGGCCUGUCUGGCCAGAAGACCAAAUACAGCAGCUAUUCUGACCAGAAGACGAGAUAUGGUGGCUAUUCUGGCCAGAAGACUAGAUAUGGUGGCCAUUCUGGACAAAAGACAAGAUAUGGUGGCCAUUCUGGACAAAAGACAAGAUAUGGUGGCCAUUCUGGACAAAAGACAAGGUACAGUGGCCUUUCUGACCAGAAAACAAAAUACAGCAGCCUAUAUGACCAGAAGACAAGAUAUGGUGGCCAUUCUGGCCAGAAAACCAAAUACAGUGGCCUAUCUGACCAAACGACGAGGUACAGUGGCCAUUCUGGCCAAAAGACGAGAUACAGUGGCA